CGGGUAAUGACAAUGCGGUUGUAUGAAGUGUGCGCGUCUUCAAGAUGGCGGGGCUACAAAUUAGUAUGUGUGAACAUUAACUAGGUAGUUAGGGACUUGACAAGACAGUUAUAUGUAUUGCUGCCAGAGGAAUCCGCAGGAGGAUGGUGAUCAUUGUCUUGAUCCCACAUUAGGCUGAAUGCAUUGUGAUUUCCAAUAAUUGAGACAGUGAUUCUGAAAGCUGUCUACAUUAAUGAAAAGAACAAUGUAGCCAGCUUAGCAUAUCCAUCUGAAACGUGUGCUAUUCUGUAAUUUGCUUCUGCAUGCAUCCUACUUUUAAAUAAGAACCAGGAGUAGUUUUUAAGCUAAUUAAUUCUUUUGAGAACGUUUAGAUUCUAAAUUUUGAAAAAUGGAACUAGAUGACAUUUUACCACCUCUCCCUUUGGAGCCACCUAACGAUUUUGGCAGAGAUGAGGGCAGAGCACCUCCACCACCUCCCCUGCAAACGUCCAGUGACGCAGAGGUAAUGGACGUUAGCUCUGGUGGUGAUGGAUACAUAUGCAUCCCAGGGGAUGGGGAAGCAAAACCACAAGAGCCCCUCAAUAUUACUACAAUUGCUUUCUGUAGUGAGCCCUCGUAUGAGGCUAGUUACUCCAACUCAUUGUGUCCCAGAACAGCUCGUCACGCUCCCCCUUCAACCAAGUUCCGACCAGAUAUCAAGCUGCUCAGGGAUGUUCAGGUUCGUGUUAGCUUCACUGAAAGCAGCUGUAGCAAAGACAGGAAGGUUUUGUAUACAGGUGAAGGGCAAGAUAGAGGCAGCGAUGAUGGGUUAGAUCAUUUGAAUGGUGAGUUGAAUUUCUUUUCGAGUGAUCAGGAAGUUGCUGAAGGUAGUUCAGGAACAGCACACGGAGCAGGUAGGGUUGAAGAGAAUGACAUAGACACUGAGAACAAAGUAGAGUAUGCUGUCCUGGAUGAGUUGGAUGACUUCUGUGAGAAUUUCAUGGAGAAUGAAGAUGAAGAAAAUGGCGGCUUUAAAUCCGAGGUCAUAGUUCAGCAGGAGCAAACCUACGACGAGUCCAUGGCUUACACAUUUGAGGAGGAAUUCGACAACGAUGUUGAUGCUCUUCUAGAGGAGGGCAUGCCGGUCCCCAAAAAGAUGCGUCCAGCAGAGGACAAAUAUGAUGGCGACAGUGAUCACCACUCAGAUGGAGAAGGUGUUCAACCAAUGAUGACCAAAAUUAAAACAGUCUUGAAAAGCCGGGGACGUCCACCCACUGAGCCACUUCCGGAUGGAUGGAUCAUGACAUUCCACAACUCAGGCAUUCCAGUCUACCUGCACAGAGAGACCAGAGUAGUAACUUGGUCUAGGCCCUACUUCCUUGGAACAGGCAGCAUCCGAAAACAUGAUCCUCCAACUAGCAGCAUCCCCUGCUUACACUAUAAAAAGAUGAAGGAACAUGAGGAGAAGGAACUGAAUGGCGAGGUAGAUCUUCAAGCAGAAAAGUCUCCUGUUAAACCCACCAAUGAGGCAAAUGGUGACGACCCUGUUGAAAAUUCUGACAACGUAGCUGAGGUACAUGAUAACGUGCCAGCCUUCAAUCCUAUCGAUGGUGGCUUAGUGGAUGAGGGCAUCCCCAACCACUGUCAGCCCAACAAAGAGGCCCAACCAUGCGACAUUGCUCAAGGAGCCCUUGGACAAGUCAGGGCCAAAGUGGAAGUUUGCAAGGAUGAGUCUAUUGAACUUGAAGAAUUUCGCCUAUACCUGGAAAAGUGUUUUGACUUUGAACAAGUAACAGUGAAGAAGUUCCGAACUUGGGCUGAGCGAAGGCAGUUUAACAGAGACAUGAAGCGGAAACAGGCAGAAUCAGAGCGGCCUAUCCUUCCAGCAAACCAGAAACUCAUUACACUGUCUGUUCAAGAUGCCCCCACUAAGAAAGAAUUUGUCAUCAAUCCCAAUGGGAAGUCUGAAGUUUGCAUCUUACAUGAAUACAUGCAGCGUGUCCUAAAGGUUCGACCUGUUUACAACUUUUUUGAAUGUGAGAAUCCAAGUGAACCCUUUGGCGCCUCAGUCAUUAUAGAUGGAGUCACCUACGGCACAGGGACUGCUAGUAGUAAAAAACUUGCCAAGAAUAAAGCUGCAAGAGCCACACUGGAAAUUCUUAUUCCUGACUUUGUGAAGCAGACCUCUGAGGAAAAGCCUGUUGAGGCAGAUGAACUUGAGUAUUUUAACCAUAUCAGUAUAGAAGACUCAAGAGUAUAUGAGCUGACCAACAAAGCAGGGCUUCUUUCACCUUACCAGAUCCUUCAUGAGUGCCUUAAAAGAAAUCACGGAAUGGGAGACACUAGCAUAAAAUUUGAGGUGAUACCAGGGAAGAAUCAGAAGAGUGAAUAUGUGAUGACUUGUGGGAAGCAUACCGUGCGUGGCUGGUGCAAGAAUAAGAGAGUUGGCAAACAAUUGGCAUCUCAGAAGAUCUUACAAAUGCUUCAUCCUCAUGUGAAGAACUGGGGCUCACUGCUGCGAAUGUAUGGUCGGGAGAGUAAUAAGAUGGUCAAAAAGGAGAGCUCUGACAAGAGUGUGAUUGAGCUGCAGCAGUUUGCUAAAAAGAACAAACCAAACCUUCAUAUCUUGAACAAACUUCAAGAAGAGAUGAGGAAACUGGCCGCACAAAGGGAGGAAACUAGAAAGAAACCCAAGAUGACCAUCAUGGAAUCUGCCCAGCCAGGAAGUGAACCUCUCUGCACUGUUGAUGUUUAACCAUAAAGAUAGAUGCCAGACUCUUUUCAGCACUGCAACAUAACCGCUAUGUAGGAUCAUGUCGUUAGAACUGCUUGCUUAUUUUACCCGCAUAUAAAUUGGAUUGGCUGGUAGACAUCAGGGUGGGACAAAAUGCACUAACAGACCAUAGCGCAAAUACCAUCUACCUCUCUAGAUGCAUCCCAGCUAUGGUACAAGGAGGAAGUCCCCUUUGUGCAGCUAGAUGGCAUGUCUUAAAAAUUGUAAAAAUACAAUGCAUGCACAUCUAACUGCGGGAACCACUACUUACCAUAGUUUUAAAGUGUCUUAAUAGCUGCAUUUCAGUACCAUCACUUGCAUUUUUGUAAAUGUGUAAUGCAUUUGGAAGGGACUACGUUAUUCAUACCAUUCAAUUGAAACAAAAUUACAUGUUUUAUAAUUGGUUGGUGUUAUGGAGGCGUAAAAAUGUUUUUUCUUCAGAAUUGGUUUGCAUGCUUGAAAACGUUGUGAAGUGACUAUUUUGAACAAUUGUUAUACAACAGUCCUGUCUAAAAUCACUGCUUUUUGGUGAUCGUUCAUAUUUGUCACCCUCCAUUUGCGACAAUAGGCCACGCGAUUUAUUAGGGUAGUAAUAUGCCAUGCACACCAAAUAACAUUUCACUCUAGUUGUAUUUUUAUGCCCUUACCCUAAAUUAAAUUGCCUUAGUUAAUCCAUGUCACAAAGGGCUUUGAGCGUAUAGAUUGGACCUAAAACAUGACCAGUAAUUUAGACCAAGUCCCCGCUACAAAAUAAAGCAUUUAUCUAGCAAAUUAGUGUUUUUAAAUAUAAUUAUGUCCGCAGCAUGUUAAUGUCUUAAUGUACUCUGCAUUGGUUUUGUCUUUUUACCUUUUGACAGCUGACCAUGUACAGUAUAUGACUUAAGUUCAAGAUAUUGUGCAGAAUGCAUCCUUGCAAAUUUCAGUUGGAAAGCUGAUGUGUUAGUCAACUUCUGUCCAACACAAGCUUCUUAAACUAUACCAAAGUCUAAAUCCAGUCAUAUGCAUUUUAUAGACUACCUAAUAUUUCUGUGCUGUACUGUAGCGUCAAAAGAAAAUCUGUAAAAGAUUAAAAAACAUGCUAAAAUAGAAAACUGCUGUGUAAUGAACUAUUUGGCUUGUGACAUCCUUCAGAUGUGAGGCUGUUGUGAAUUUGGUUUUAUGAAUUUGCUAUAAUUUUCCUGUUGUGUGUGUGUGUGUGUAUCCUGUAUCUCUGUGUGGAACUUGCUUUUUACAUGUUAUGCUCUUGUACCAGUGAUUUUUUUUUGGAAUGACGUUGCCUACAAAAAGUACAAACUGUAUUGCAACAGGAACUCCACGGCUGGUGUUUGUUAUGCAAAAUAAAAUGUAUUGACAAUAAA